AUGGCAAAGCAAGAAUUAGAAAAAAUACAAGUUCGACUCAAUCAAAAAGUUCUAAAAGUUUUGCAAGACUCACCAACACGCUGGAAUUCCAGCUAUUAUAUGUUGGAAAGACUUGAUUGCAUCAAGGAGUCGUUGUCGCUUUAUUCUUCUAAUAAUAAAAUAGAACAAUUUGAUGCCGAUGACUGGAUUUUAAUUCAAGAAUUAAUAAAAGUGCUGAAGCCUUUGGAAGACACUACAAAAAAAUUAAGCUCACAAAACACGUGUAUAUCUGACGUUAUUCCUCUAGUACGAGCAUUGAAUAAAAUCUAUGACGAGAAAAAUAUGCAUAUUAGUGACAUUAGUGUAUCCGCAGUUGUGACCUUUGUGUCUGCUUUGAAGAAUGAAUUAGAGUAUCGUUUUUCUGAAAUUGAUAAAAAUGUUUUGUAUCAAGUAGCCACAUUUUUAGACCCACACUACAAAGGGAAAUUCUUCAGUGAGAUUCUCAUAAAAGAAAUAAAAGAAAAAUUGCUUAGAGUUUUAGAAACUGAAGUAAAUCUUACAGCAACUACAAUCAGUACUGAAAACAAACCAAUUACUGUUAGAAAAGAACAUUGCACGAGCCUAGAAGAGUCUAUUGCUAAUAUGUUAGAUAGUAAUGAUGACGAUGAGCAAUCUGAAAAUCAAAUAUCAGAUACGAAAGCUAAUUUGCUCAUCGAAUAUAUGUCAGAAAAAAGAUUACCAAGAGAUCAAGACCAACUAAAGUAUUGGCAAAUUAACAGUAAAAAGUUUGGAAGUCUUAGUCACAUUGCUCGUACAUAUUUAUCAUCACCUGCAACAAGUAUUCCAAGUGAGCAAGUUUUCAGUGCAGCAGGAAUUGUUUAUGAUCCUCAUCGUAAACAGGCUUUUGGGGGACAAAGCUGCCAAGUUACUCUUUUUGAAAUA